UUUUCUCCUAGUUAUUUUUUUUUUCGUCACAGUAAAAAGAAUUAAGUGUGAUUUUUUAACAUCCUUAGACGUUUAAUUUUACCAUAUAAAUUUUCUUGACUUUUAACUAGAAUUAUAUACAAACAGUCAACAGAGAAACAUGAAUAUUCAAAGAAAUGCUGCUCGAUACAAAAAUCACGGACUAGAUAGUGCAGAACUUAGAAGGAGACGAGAGGAAGAAGGGAUUCAAUUGAGGAAGCAAAAACGGGAACAGCAAUUGAUUAAACGUCGAAACCUUAAUUCACAAAUUGAUGAUGAUGAUGACGGUGAUAAUUCUGAAAUGCUUAUGGAUCAUAGACAGGCGAUGGAAGGAAUGCAAGAGAUUCCAACUACUCACCAAUCAAUAGUUCGAUACGAAACUGUUCAAGCCUUGUAUAGCACGAAUGUUAUGGAUCAGCUUAAUGCUACUCAAAAGUUUAGAAAACUCUUAUCCAAAGAACCAAACCCGCCCAUUGAUGAAGUAAUUAAGACAGGAAUUGUGCCACGAUUUGUAGAGCUCUUACAAAAUCACGAAAAUACAACAUUACAGUUCGAAGCAGCAUGGGCUUUGACUAAUAUAGCCUCGGGAACAUCACAGCAAACUCAAAUUGUUUUGGAAGCAAAAGCCAUACCAGUUUUCGUGCAAUUGUUAGAAACGAGUCAAAAUAAUGAUGUGCAAGAACAAGUAGUUUGGGCAUUAGGUAAUAUAAGUGGUGACAGUUCGAAAAAUCGAGAUGAGGUCCUUGAUUCGGGAAUUUUACCUCCACUCUUGAAAUUGCUUGAAACAACGAAUCGACUCAACAUGUGCCGAAAUGGAGUGUGGACUUUAUCAAAUCUUUGUCGUGGCAAAAAUCCUCCACCAGACUUUCAAAAAGUAUCAAAGUGCUUACCUGUUUUGGCUCGUUUUAUUUAUCACGAGGAUAAUGAGGUUCUAAGUGAUGCAUGUUGGGCACUCAGUUAUUUAAGCGACGGACCAAACAAUAAAAUACAAGCUGUUAUUGAUGCGGGAGUAUGUCGUAGACUUGUCGAGCUUUUAGGGCAUAGACAGUGUAAUGUAAUAUCGGCUGCACUUCGUGCAGUCGGAAAUAUUGUUACGGGUGACGAUGCGCAAACACAAGUUAUUCUUAAUUGUAAUGCUCUUCCUGCACUCUACCAACUUUUAAAUUCGGAAAAAGAUACGAUCGUGAAAGAAGCAUGUUGGACAAUCUCCAAUAUAGCUGCUGGAAAUAUGCAACAGAUUCAGGCAAUCAUUGAUGCAAACAUCUUCCCACUUCUUAUCAAAAUAUUAGGAACAGCGGAGUAUAAAACAAGGAAAGAGGCAGCCUGGGCAGUAACUAAUUCAACAAGUGGUGGGACAGCUGAACAAAUCAAAUAUCUUGUCUCCGUCGGAUGCAUUCCUCCAAUGUGUGAAUUACUUACUGUAAUGGAUGCAAAUAUUGUGCAAGUUGCUCUAAAUGGACUUGAAAAUAUUUUGAAAUCAGGCGAACAAUCCUAUCAAAAGCCUAAUCCAUAUGCUGUGCUUAUUGAAGAAUGUUAUGGUCUUGACAAAAUUGAAUUUUUACAAACACAUGAGAAAACUGAAAUAUAUGAAAGAGCAUAUAGUAUACUUCAAGAAUACUAUGGAAAUGACGAGGAGGAUCAAAUGGUUGCACCGUCUACGCAAAACAAUGAGUUUCAGUUCACAAAUCAAACGAUUGGCGAUGGAAAUUUUCAAUUCUAAACCAAAAACGGCGAUUUAAGCACGUUUGCAAAAAGUUAUGAUUGAUAAACAAACUGAUUAAAUUAAAUCGAUACCUAUUUUAAACAUUAACUAUUUUCAUAAUCAUCAGCUCAUUAAACGAAGUAAUAAUUUAUCGACAAAGAUGGACUAACAAAAUAAAGAUCACUACUUGCAUGCUUUAAUUCUAAAGACUAUUUUCUUCAUGCAAUCCGAAUAGGCAAACCAAUAUGCAGAAAGAAACAGUCCGAUAUGACGAAUAAUUAAUUAUUUGCGUUUAAAAUAUUUUUAUUUCAAAGAAAGGAGGUCUUUACUUAGUACUGGACAAAUUAAAUUGAUUGAUCCUCAUAUCGAAAUACGACUGUGAAGUUAUUGAAAAUUUGUGAAAUUAAGGAAAUUAUUUGAAAGAUAAAAAAAAGAAAUGCCUAAAAACUAUUAUUAUUAUUGAUACAUUUUAUUUGCUUUAUAUUACACCUUGUUUUCUGCAAAAUCUAAUUUAAAAUUAUGUAUGUUGCAUGAAAUGCCUUUAG